AUGGAAAACACGACAUCAAAGCAUGAGAUCCUAAAGCCAGUGAUCAUCAAAGCUGGUGUUCCUUUGGCUGUGUCUUUUGCUGGUUUAGUCUAUGCUUGGUUUGUGGCAAAGAAAAGCCUCUCUAAAAUCUCUUCUUCAUCACCAAAGGAAUCAAGUUCCGAUGAAACCAAUUCCCACCACGAGCUUUCAUAUGAAGAAAGUUGUCAUAGUCAUAGCCUCUCUAGUAUGGAAGAUGACGGAAAUAGUACAACUAUGGAUGACAGUGUUGUUGCUGAAAGUUCCGUGAUUCAUGACACCCCAUGUUUAGAAGAAGAGAUUAAUGGCUUAAGAAGCAGGAUUGAGGGUAUGCAAAUGAAAGAGUUGGGCUUCCGUUUGCAGUUUGAACGUUAUUGUGGUUUAAAAGAGCAAGAAACCGUGGUUGGGGAGAUAAAAAACAUGUUGUUUCUUGAGACUGCUCGUGUUGACUUCUUGGAUAGGGAGAUUUCAUCGAUGGAGACACAGAGAAGGAGGUUGGAGGGUUUUGCUGCUCAGUAUCUUAGAGUUGUGGAACAGACAGAGCGUUGGAAAUCUGAGAAUAGAAUACUUCGGAGAAAAUUUCAGAAGCUAAUGAGGAAAUCAAAGGCACAAACCCGCGUCUGCAAGGAGCAAGCGUUGAAGAACAAAUUGGAUGAAGAAGAAAUAUUGAGAAGCCGUGAUGCCUUGGAAACAAAAGUUGAUGUCAUAGGUAAACUAGAGGCUAAAAUGGAAGAGCUGCAGAGGGCUUUGGAUCAAUUGCAGGAUGAGAAGAAUGAACUUCUUAGGAAGCUUGACACAGCAGAAAAAUCCUAUGCUUCAAAGUUGCAGAUUGAAGCUGGAGAUGUAAGUAGGGAAGACUACAAACAGCUUGUGGAUGAAUUGGAGCAGAUGAAGAAGGAACGAGCAGAUGAAGCUAAAGAACUGAUUUACUUGCGGUGGACCAACGCUUGUUUAAGGCAUGAUCUAAUGAGGCCCCAUGAACAACAAGCGGAUCAAGAUAAAAGGCAUGUAGAAUUGGAAUUUGGAAGAAAUGAUGUAGUUAUCCAUUAUGACUCAGAGCAUGAACUACAGAAUUCCCUUUAUAGCGAUCCUUCAUUUGAUGAGCAUCCUGGUGGCCAUGACCACAGUGACAGUGCUUGUUCAAAAAGGAGAAAGUUUCUUGAGAGGCUGAAGAGAUGGGUGGAAGGCUGUGAAAAGGCUAGAGUCAGGCACUCUGUUUCCAAAGGAACAGAUGAACAUGUAGUUCCUAGAAGGAAAUCAUGCUCUAGUGCUUCUUGA